AUGGCCGCCAACGCUGCUCCCGGCGCUGUUGACCAGCUCGCCAACGACCUCAACAACACCUCUCUCAACGGCUCUGAGGCCAAGGCCCCUGCUGUCGACACUGGUGUCACUGCUGCCGCUGACGAUGCUGCCGCUCCUACCCCCACCACCGCUGCUCCUCACCCCCAGAACUCGGCCUCUCUCUACGUUGGCGAGCUUGACCCCUCCGUCACCGAGGCUAUGCUUUUCGAGCUUUUCUCUCAGAUUGGUGCUGUUGCUUCUAUCCGUGUCUGCCGUGAUGCCGUCACCCGUCGUUCUCUCGGCUAUGCCUACGUCAACUACAACGCCACUCCUGAUGGCGAGAAGGCUCUCGAGGAGCUCAACUACACUAUCAUCAAGGGCCGUCCCUGCCGUAUCAUGUGGUCUCAGCGUGAUCCCGCUCUUCGCAAGACUGGCCAGGGCAACGUUUUCAUCAAGAACCUCGAUGUCGCCAUCGACAACAAGGCUCUCCACGACACCUUUGCUGCUUUCGGUAACAUCCUGAGCUGCAAGGUCGCCCAGGACGAGACUGGUGCUUCCAAGGGCUAUGGUUUCGUUCACUACGAGACCGAUGAGGCCGCUUCCCAGGCCAUCAAGCACGUUAACGGUAUGCUUCUCAACGAGAAGAAGGUUUACGUCGGUCACCACAUUCCCAAGAAGGACCGCCAGAGCAAGUUCGAGGAGAUGAAGGCCAACUUCACCAACGUCUACGUCAAGAACAUUGCCCCUGACGUUACCGAGGAUGAUUUCCGCCAGCUCUUCGAGAGGUACGGCGAUGUCACCUCUUCCUCUCUGGCUCGUGACCAGGAGGGUAAGAGCCGUGGUUUCGGCUUCGUCAACUUCACCACUCACGAGAGUGCCUCCAAGGCUGUUGAUGAGCUCAACAACAAGGAUUUCCACGGUCAGGACCUCUAUGUUGGCCGGGCCCAGAAGAAGCACGAGCGUGAGGAGGAGCUCCGCAAGUCUUAUGAAGCUGCUCGCCUGGAGAAGGCCAACAAGUACCAGGGCGUUAACCUGUACAUCAAGAACCUUGACGACGACGUCGACGAUGAUAAGCUCCGUGAGAUGUUCAAGGACUUUGGUUCCAUCACCUCCGCCAAGGUGAUGCGUGAGACCCCCACUGAGGGUGACGAGGACAAGAAGGAGAAGGACGAGAGCGACAAGGAGAACCAAGAGGAAGCAAAGGAAGAGGUCAAGGAGGAGGCUAAGGAGGAAUCCAAGGAGGAGUCCAAGGAGGAGUCCAAGGAGGGCGAGGAGGACAAGAAGGCCGAGAAGAAGUCAGACAAGAAGCUCGGUAAGAGCAAGGGCUUCGGCUUCGUCUGCUUCAGCAACCCUGAUGAUGCUACCAAGGCUGUCGCUGAGAUGAACCAACGUAUGUUCAACGGCAAGCCUCUGUACGUCGCCCUGGCCCAGCGCAAGGAUGUCCGAAAGAGCCAGCUUGAGGCUAGUAUCCAGGCUCGCAAUCAGCUCCGCAUGCAGCAGGCCGCCGCUGCCGCCGGUAUGCCCCAGCAGUACAUGCAGCCCCCUGUCUACUUCGCUCCUGGCCAGCAGCCCGGCUUCAUGCCCCAGGGUGGACGUGGUGUUCCUUUCCCUCAGGGUGCCAUGGGAAUGCCUCAGGGUCGUCCUGGACAAUUCCCCUACCCUCAGCAGGGUGGACGUGGUGGUGUUCCCCAGCAGAUGCCCCCCAACAUGUACGGAAUGCCUGGUCAGUUCCCUCCUGGAUACGGCCAGCCUGGCACUCCUCAGUUCAUGGCUGCUAUGGCUCAGCAGCAGGCUGCUCUCGGUGGCCGUGGCGCUCCUCAAGGCGGCCGUGGUGGUCCUCAGGGUAUGCAGGGCAUGCCUCCCAUGGCUGGCGGUAACAUGCCCGGCUUCCCUCCUAACAACAACCGCCAGGGUGGCCGAGGUGGUCCUGGCCGCAACGGCAACGGACCUCAAGGUGGCCGUGGCGCCGAAGCUGCCGGAGCUUCCGUCCUCCAGCAACAGCUUGCUGCCGCCCCUCCUCCUCAGCAGAAGCAGAUUCUGGGUGAGCUGAUCUUCCCCAAGAUCCAGGCCAUCAACUCCGAGCUUGCCGGCAAGAUCACCGGUAUGCUUCUGGAGAUGGACAACACCGAGCUUGUCAACCUUAUUGAGGACGACUCCGCUCUCAAGGCCAAGGUCGAUGAGGCUCUUGCUGUCUACGACGAGUACGUCAAGGCUCAGGGCAGCUCCGAGGGUGGUGAGGCCAAGAAGGAGGAGGAGACCAAGGCUUAA